AUGACAACCAUUCACCAGCAGAUGGUACAGGAGCAUGUGUCCAUGGAGUUCUCCAGCUCCACCACCCACCUGCAGACCUCCCAAACAACCAAGAUCGUGGGAGAGGAAGUAGUAACAAGGAAGUCCCCGAGCACGGUGGAGUUCUUCAGCUUGGUGACUUGACGUUCCAACAUCCCUGCAGGCAAGAAUGUUCCUGAGUUCAUGGAGAAAUCUUACCUGAUCACCUCGCCAGAGAGGGAUAAAGCUGUGUUCCAAGCCUGAAUUCAAGGAAACCCCAAACCCAAUGUCUCCUGGAAGAGGGAGAGUAGCCUCCCCGUCAGGGAGUCACCCAAGAUAGACUACGACAGCAUUAACAAGGAACGUGCUAAAGUUCCCACCCCUUCCCCGACUAAUGGUCUGAUCCUGAUCCAGCUGGAACCACUGACCUCAGAUGACUCUGACUACUACAAAUGCACUGUAAGUAAUAACUAUGCAGGUGUUAUCUAUCCUGUGUCCUUGCUGGUGACAGAAGGUCAAGAAAAACUAGAUCUCAAGAAAAUGUUAAAGAAGAGAGCUCCUCCCACUCCUAAGAAGAAGCAGAAAAUAACAGAUGAGAAAGAGAUGCUAGAGAUUUUGUCCAAGGUGCUCAAGAAGGACUUUGAAAAGGUCUGCAGAGAUCAUGGUUUCACUGAUGACUUCUGGGGGCUGCUGAAGAAGCUCAAAGGAAUGAAGAAAAACGUGGAAGCAGGCCUCUGCUCUUCAGGGAGCAGAGGCCUCAUCUGGAUUCUGAAACCCCUGGAAGACAGAGAGGGAAAGACUGAUACCACAGUAGUUUUUGACUGUAUCAUGGAGCUGAAGGACCCCAAUGUCAAAAUGCUAUGGAUCAAGGAUACUGAGCCACUGAGGAUCCAGUACUCCAUUGGCAAGUACGAUGUGAAGCAGGUGGGCACCAAGUACAUGCUGGUGAUUACCAAUGUCAAUAUGAAUGAUGCCAGCACCUACUGCCUGGCCAUGGGUGACAAAUGGAUGAGUGCACAGCUCACAGUGUUGGAUGAACCACUGAAGUGCUUAGGAGGGAUGAAGCCAGUGAGGGUGACAGAGUGCCAGACAGCUGUGUUUGAGGUCUACCUCUCCAACUCCAUGUGGAGGUUCAACAGGCAGGAGCUGAAGAGGGAUGACAAGAAUGACAUCUCAGUGUCUGAAGAUGGUCCGACUCAUAUGCUUAAGAUUAAAGAUACCAGACUCAGCAACAUUGGUAAGCACUCUGCUCAGGCAGGAGACCUGGAGCAAAAGGCUCAGUUCACUAUUACUGACCACAUUCCUAUCAGAUUUCUGAGCAACCUCAAAAGCAACCUCAAAAAUACAUGUCAAAGGAGCCAUGCAUGCCUCAAGUGUGAGCUGACCUCCAAGUAUGUGACAUUGCAGUGGAAGAAAGAUGGAAAGUUGCUGACAUGUGGCUCUAAGUACAGCAUGAAUCAUGAGGGCAAACAAGCAUGGCUGGUCAUUGAGGAUGCACAGCUCAGUGAUGGCAGCGAAUACACUGUGGUAGCCAUGAAGGACGGGGACCCUACUGAAUAUGCAGCAACCAGCAUAACAACAACUAAACAUCCCAUGUUGUCCAAUGUGCACGCAGCCACUGGGAGCCCCACUGUAUGUGUAGUGCUUAAUGAUGAGAAGAUGGAGGGUGUGUGGCUGACAGAUGGUCUGCAGAUCACAGACUUGCCAGGCAUUCAGAUCAUGACAGGUGUGGUGCCCAAGCUCAUCUUCCCCAGUAUGGGCCCAGAACAUGAAGGCAAGUAGACAUUCCAGGCCAAGGAUGCAGAGAGUGAAGCCUCAGUAUUCAUUGCAAGUCCUCUCAGCAUCGACCCAUCAAUCCUGGAGGCACUAGCUGCACACCCUGUGACCCUGUAGGUGGGCCACACAGCUUACAUCAAGAUGACCUUCCAGGCAAGACCCAAAGUGACAUGGUACAAGCAUGGCAUGGAGGUGACAGAGGAGGAGGAGCACAUGUCCAUGGAGUGUGGAAAAGACUAGUCAUUGCUCACCUUCUCAAACUGCAUCUGUGAAGACAGUGGCCUGAUCAUGCUCAAGCUCAAGAAUGACCAUGGCACAGCCAUCGCUACACUGCAUCUCAAUGUGCUGGACAGAGCUAGACCUCCCCAGGGCCGAGUAGAAUUCCUAGAGCUCAUGGAAUGUGUACACAUGAAAUAGAAAGCCCCAAAGGACAAUGGAGGACGUUCUGUGACACAGUCAGUGGAACAAAGGGCAGUUGGCAAGAAGUGCUGGGUUAAGAUUGGAGAUGGAUGGCAAGUCGCCAACUUCUCCAUCAACAAAGUGGAAUAGGGGAAAGCCUACCAGUUCCAUAUCCUGGCAGGCAAUUGGUGUGACCCACUGGAGACUGAUGAAGUGUUUGUGGGAAAUCCUAUAGAAAUUGACCAUGGCAUGGAAUGUCAGGAUGGGGGAUCUCCAGUGUUUGGCUAUAUUCUAAAAUGCAGAAAGGCAGUAACUUUACGGGUACCAUUUAACAAGGGCCUCAUCCAAGGUUCCAAGUAUACUGUGGAUGGUCUCCUGGAAGACACAGAGUAAGAAUUCCUAGUUAUAGCUGUGAACAAGGCAGGCUGACUUAAACCAUCCAACUCAGUGGUGGCCAAAGAUCCUAUUAAACCCCCAGGCCUGGUGUAGGGCCUGCAUGUGUCUGAUACCUCUAUCUUAAGCCUCUCACUGGGAUGGUGGGAGCCUACAGGUGACCUACCCUCUGGCUACAUCUUUGAGAUGUGUGCUGAAGACAGCAAGGAAUGGUCCAAGUGUACAAGGAUCCCCAUCUCAAGCACCUGCUACACUGUAGGUGGCCUCUACAAGCAGCAGAAAUACUUCUGCAUCAGGGCUGGAGUCGGGGAGCCUGAGGAGUUAGAGGAAAGAGUCCAUGCCAUACCACCACCAGCCACUCCCAAACUUGACCAAAGUGCCCGGCUGAAGAGUCACCUGGUGGUGCGUGCAGGAACAGCCCUCUGCACCCAUGCAGCCUUCUCUGGCUCACCACCACCUGAUGACCCGGGCAGAAAGAUGGGUGGGGAGACAAUCCCCAAAGGCAAGAACUAAUCCCAGUUCCUCAUCAUUCGGUACUACCGUACCAAGUGCUCUGACUCAGGAGGGUAUCGAACCCUGCUGCAGAAUGCGUUUAGACAGGCACACUCUGACAUCCACAUGCAUGUGACAGAUCAUCUAAAUGUCCUAAAUUUCCCCCAGCCUCCUACAGACUUGAAGCUCUAUGAGGAAGUCCCUAAUACAGUGACCCUGACCUGGAACCACAGCUCUGAUAUGAAGGAGGAGGAUACCCGCUAUGUCAUGAAGUGGGAUGCAAGCAGCCCCACCUGGUUCACAGUGGCAGAGCAUGUCUUUAACAAGUACAUAGUAACAGGGUUGAUCCCUGGAAGGAAGUACUACUUCAGAGUUGUGGCUCACAAUGAAAUUGGUGACAGUGACCCAUUGGACUCCAAAAAUACCUGGCUCAUCAAUAAGGACCAGAUUGAGGACCUGAGUACCACACAGAAGCUCUACCAGCAUAAAGACUGGUGCCAUGUACCCUGCUUCUUGACACCACACAAGCCACACACAGCGCUCCAUAGCCAGGACUGCACCAUGAUUUAUGCCUUCCUUGGGAACCCAUGGCCCACUGUGACCCUGUACAAAGGUGAUGUCAACAUCACAGCUAACUCCAAAUUCUGGUACAACACUACCAGCAGUGUGUGCACCCUUGUCAUACUUACUGGCGAGUACAGCAUACUGGUGGAGAAUGAGCUAGACAAGGAUCCCAGAAGCUGCACACUAUCACUUUUUAAAGAUACUACAUCAUUGCUAGCAUCAAUCAUGGAAAAUCUGCAGAAGAAAUCAAAGCACCUAUGUGAGUUCCAGCUCAGGCAUCAGAUGUUGUGA